AUGGGCGGGAGAAAGGGCAAAGCGCCCCAGCGCCCGGGGGCACAGGCCUCCGGGGAGCAGGAGUCCGGGUCUGCCGACGCAAAAGGCGCUCCCAGCCGGGAACGCCGACAGCACCGCGCAAAGGCCGGCAGGGCGAGACCGGCCUUGGAGCCCGCCACCACUGGAGGCCAGGGGGCCCCCGCUGGCCGCAGGACGCCCACCGCAGACAGGAGCGGCGGCCGCAGACACCCAGGGGCCGGGCCACCACCGGAGGCCCAGGAGAGACUAGGCACUGCGCGGCCCCGCGGACGCGUGCCGAAGGGGAGCAACGAAGCCAGGGACCGCCGUGCGCAGCCCCCGCAGGAAGAGAGCCUCCCCCGACCAGAAGGCAGGAUAGGCGUGCGCGGCCGCCGCAGGAAGAGAGGAAAAGGGCAGGGACCCUCCGCAAGACAGGGCCGCGGAGGGACCCGGAGCCUCGACGGUGGUACCUCGGGCGGAGACGCAGGCAGCUCCUGCCCGGACAGCGAAGCCCGCGAGGCCCGGGAAAGCAGCCCCCAGAGCGGUGGGGCCCCGGAGCUGCAGCCCAAGUCGGAGCAGACGGACACGGGCUCUGGAAGCACCCAGACCAGACGGGAGUUAGUGCUGGAGCCUGGCGAGAGCUCGAGCAGCGAUGGCAGGGGCAGCGACCCGUCCCCCGCCAGGCCCCGGAGCAGGGAAAGAUCGUCGGAGGCGGGGCCGCAGGCAGUGGCCGAGGAUUCCGGGACAGACACCAACUCAAGCCUGGAGGAGGCUGGGCCUGGACGGAGUCCCCGGGCAGCCCCAGGGAUGGCCAGCAGGGCCACUGGGAUCGAAGACGCUGAGCCGGGCAGAAAAGCUACAGCCUCCAGCCCCCUCGAGGGUAGCCGCGGGUCUGUUUCCCAGAGCUCGCAGGCUUCUUGCAACCCCAGGCCGGCCUGGGACGCGGGAGAAAACUGGACGCAUCCAGAGGCUGAGGCGCCGGGCCCAGAGCGCGAAAGCGCCAAGGCCUCGACAGCCCGGGCGCGGCGCCGCCAGGUCGGAAAGGUGGUGGGGCAGGUGCAGGUGGCAGCGGGCGAGGGUGAAGAGGGGGCUGGAGGCGGAGACGGGCCCGGGGACCCAGCGCCGCUGGCCGCUCUCGUGGCGCUAAGCAGGCUCCGCGCGAGGACCCCGCCAGGCCCCGCUCCCCAAGCCACGGGUCCCCGCCGCCCCGGCCUCAGGGAGCGGCUCCUUCGAGUGGCCAGCGUCCUGGGCCUCCUGCGCUGGCUGCGGCGGCGCCUGGGGCAGAGGGGAGAGGGGCGGGGGGCGGGGCCGCGGGCGGGCGACGGGCGGGGCCGGGGGCCGUGGCUGCGGCGCCGUCUUGGGCUGCGCCUGGCGGGAGCAGUGGGGCUGGGAGCACCGCCGAGGGCUCCCCCUGGCGGCGGCCCGAGCUCCACGCAGGUUGCGGAAAGCCCCGCCCCCGAAGACGCUAAUGAAGACGAGGACCCGAUUCCGGAUCCCAAAUUCGCGGUCGUGCUCCCCAGGGUCCACAGGGAGGGGCGGGCAUCGAGUAGCCGGAGCUCCGAGGAAACGUCCGUGGACCCCCUCGCCGGGGAGGGACACGUUUGGGCUUGUGCGGGGGCUUCAGGGGACAAGGAGGGGCGCGGGGCGGGUGGAGAAGGGGUGGCUGGUUCCCGCCGAGGCUCUCUCCUGGGCCCGAUUGCCCCCGACGAAGCCCUAGACGAGGGCGGCUCGGGCAGUGGAGCGGGGCCUGAGACCUUGGAAGCCGAGACUCUGGUGCACUGGGCACAGGGCUCAGCCCCCCGCGAGGACCCUGGUCUCAGCACUGGCGUGCUGCUGCCCCGCCUCACCUUGGAGGCCCGCGGGCGGCGGGAGAGGAGCCCAGGCCCCUGCGGGUCCCGGAUGGAGCCAUGGGAGCCGGACGACGAGGCCGAGGAGGCGCUGGAGAGGCACCUGGAGCUGAGCCUCGGGCCAGGCCUCGAGGCACCGCACUUUCCUGGUGCCGAGGGCAGGAGCCUUGGGAAUGGCCUGGAAGACACCGAGGACCUGGCCCGACUUCGACCUGUGUGUGACAGCUCCGUGCUGCUGUGCCUCAAGAAGAGGUUUCACCUGGGCCGAAUCUACACCUUUGGGGGGCCCCUUCUGCUCGCUUUGAAUCCCUGCCGUCCCCUGCCUCUCUUCUCACCUGAGGUCCUGGCCAGCUACCGUCCCGCGAAGGCGCUGAAUACCACCCCGUACGUGACUCCGCUGCACCAACACUCUGCUCAUCCCCCUGGACACAUCUUUGCCAUUGCAGCAGCAGCCUACUGCCUGUCACAGAGCACCCGGCAGGGCUCCUGCAUUCUCCUAGGCGGGCACAGCGGCUCAGGGAAGACAGAAGCUGCUAAAAAGAUAGUGCUGCUCCUGAGCGGCCUGCAGCAGGAGCAGACGGGGGGCAGCGGAUGCCAGCUGAACAAUGUGCUGCAUGUGCUCAGCAGCUUUGGCCACGCCAAGACAGUCCUCAAUGCCAAUGCCAGCCGCUUUGGCCAGGUUUUAUGCCUCGGCCUGCAGCAUGGGGUCAUCCUGGGAGUUUCUGUGUCACAUUAUCUGCUCGAGACCUCAAGGGUGGUGUUCCAGGCCCAGGCUGAGCAGAGCUUCCAUGUGUUUUACGAGCUGCUGGCCGGGCUGGACCCUGUGAAACGGGAGCAGCUCUCCCUGCAGGGGCCGGAGACCUACUACUACCUCAACCAGGGCCAGGCCUGCAGGCUCCAGGGCAAGGAGGACGCUCAGGACUUCUCAGGGCUGCUGAAGGCCCUGCAGGCGCUGGGCUUGUGUCCCGAGGAGCUGACCGCAAUCUGGGCCAUGCUGGCCACCAUCCUGCACCUGGGCAACAUCUGCUUCUCCUCUACAGAGCGGGAGUCCCAGGAGGUUGCUGCUGUGUCCAGCUGGGCCGAGAUCCACACGGCAGCCCGGCUGCUGCUGGUGCCACCUGAGCACCUGGAGCGGACUGUCACCAGGAGGGUCAUGGAGACACCCUAUGGCUGGGUCUGGAGAUCCCUGCCCAUGGAAAGCGCCAUCGAUGCCAGGGACACCCUGGCCAAGGCCCUGUACUCGAGGCUCUUCACUUGGCUGUUGAGAAGGACCAACGUGCAGCUGGCACCACCUGGGGAGGGAGAGAGCACGGACACCAUCACAGUCGUGGAUGUCUAUGGCUUUGAGGUCACCCUUGGUGCACUGCAGGUGAAUGGCCUGGAGCAGCUGUGCAACAAUCUCGCCAGUGAGCGCCUGCAGCUCUUCUCUAACCAGCUGCUGCUGGCCCAGGAGGAGGAGGCCUGUCGGCAGGAGUCGCUGCCUUGGAUUCCCAUCUCCCAGCCUCCGCGCGAGUCCUGCUUGGACCUCCUGGUAGACCAGCCCCACAGCCUCCUGAGGAUCCUGGACGCCCAGACAUGGCUGUCGCAGGCCACGGACCACACCUUCCUCCAGAAGUGCCACUAUCACCAUGGCGGUCACCCGUGCUAUGCCAAGCCCCAGCUGCCCCUUCCUGUCUUCACCGUGAGGCAUUACGCUGGGACUGUCACCUACCAGGUUCACAAGUUUUUAGACAGAAAUAGGGACCAUCUGGACCCCGCCGCUGUGAAAAUGCUUGCCCAGAGCCAGCUCCAGCUGGUAGGCAGCCUAUUCCAGGAAGCAGAGCCCCAGGCCGCGAGUGAGCUCAGCAAACCCACCCUGGCCUCUCGUUUCCAGCGGUCCCUAGAGGACCUCAUAGCUCAGCUGGGCAGCAGGAGUCAUGUCCACGUCGUCCAGUGUCUCAGCCCCAACCCUGGAAAGCUUCCCAACCUCUUUGAUGUGGGACAUGUGGCAGAGCAGUUGCACCAAGCGGGCACCCUGGAGGCCGUGUGUACCCGCAGUGCCAACUUCCCUGUGCGCCUGGCCUUCCAGACCUUCCUGGCCAGGUUCCGGGCCUUGGGGACACAGGGACAGGGAAAGCUCUCGGACCGGGAGAGGUGUGGUGCCAUCCUGAACCAGGUGCUGGGGGCUGAGUCGCCCCUCUGUCACCUUGGAGCCACCCAGGUCCUGCUGCAGGAGCUGGGCUGGCAGUGGCUGGAGCGGCACUGGGCGCAGCAGCGCUCCCAGGCCCUGCUCACCCUGCACCGCAGCCUCCGCGCCUGCAUCUCCCACCAGCGCCUCCGCCUCCUGCCCCGCAUGCAGGCUCGAGUGCGUGGACUCCAGGCCAGGUCUGCAGGGGUCGGGAAGCGGUACCUCCGGCGGAGGGCAGCUCUGGGACAGCUGAGCACCAUUCUGCUGGCCACCCGGCCCGUGCUCUGGAGGCGGCAGAGACGGCAGAUUGGGCAUUGGCGUGGCUGGCACAGCAGUGGGGCCUCCGAGGAAGUGCCGAGCAUGGAGCUGGGGCGUUUGGAGGUCCCGGCUGAGCUGGCCCUCAUGCUGAAGACAGCAGAGGGCCGUCAGCACACCCUGGUCCAGAACAUCACGGAGUCCAUGCCCCCGCAAGUGCCUGUCCGGCCCAACCUGACUCUCCCGCCGGACACUGACCAGUUCCCCUUCUCCAGCUUCGUCUCCAUCAGCUUUCAGGAGCCAUCCCUACCUAGCCCCGGGCAGCUGCUGGCCAAGCCCCUGACCCGACUGGAUGGUGAGAACCCUCAGCAUGCCCUGGAUAUCAACAAGGUGAUGCUGAGGCUCCUGGGGGAUGGGGCCCUGCCCUCCUGGCAGGAGCAGACCCUGGCCGAAUACCUGGUGCGGCAAGGGCAGCGCCGGCCAGGGCUGCGGGACGAGCUCUUCAGCCAGCUCGCGGCCCAGCUCUGGCACAACCCAGACGAGCAGCAGAGCCAGCGUGGCUGGGCCCUCAUGGCCAUCCUGCUCAGCACCUUCCCCCCAAUGCCCACCCUGCAGAAGCCUCUACUCAAAUUUGUGUCUGACCAGGCCCCCAGUGGCAUGGCAGCGCUGUGCCAGCACAAGCUACUGGGGGCCUUGGAGCAGACACGGCUGGCUCCCGGGACCGCACGGGCCCACCCACCCACCCAGCUCGAGUGGACAGCUGGACGGCGACGGGGCCGCAUGGCGCUAGAUGUCUUCACAUUCAGUGAGGAGUGCUACUCAGCUGAGGUGGAGUCCUGGACCACAGGGGAGCAACUUGCCGGGUGGAUUCUGCAAAGCAGAGGCCUGGAGGUGCCCCCCCGCGGCUGGUCGGUGUCACUGCACUCCGGGGACUCCUGGCAGGACUUGGCUGGCUGCGACUUUGUGCUGGACCUGAUCGGCCAGACUGAGGACCUGGGAGACCUGGUCGGUCCCCACAGCUAUCCCAUCGCCCCCCAUGGCUUAGCCGAGAACAUCCCCCCUGCCCCUGGUGUCCAGGCCCCCUUGCUGCCCCCAGGUCCUCCUCCAGGUCCAGCCCCACCACUGCCCAGCAGGAGCCUCACAGGCGAGUCCCGCACCUCAGGGAGCCUGGACGGCUUCCUGGACCACCUCUUCGAGCCAGUCCUCUCCCCGAGCCUCAGCGAUCUAGAACAAGGCUGGGCUCUGAGUAGCCGCAUGAAGGGAGGAGGCGCCAUUGGGCCCAUGCAGCAAGGCAGCUACCCCAUGGUAUACCCAGGGAUGAUGCAGAUGCCUGGAUACCAGCCGGCCGUGAUGCCUGCCCCCGUGCCCAUGAUGCCAGCCAUGGGCGCAGUCCCCGCCAUGCCAGCCAUGGUGGUGCCACCACAGCCACAGCCACAGCCCCUGUUUCCCAGUGUGGAUGCAAGGCAGCUGGCGGUCCAGCAGCAGAGCUUCAUCAACCAGCAGGCACUGAUCUUGGCCCAGCAGAUGACCACCCAGGCCAUGACCCUGUCCCUGGAGCAGCAGACACAGCAGCGCCAGCGCCAGGCUCAGGCCCCUGGGGCUGCCUCCCCGACCUCACCCACACCUAUCACCCCCAAACCCAAGAAGCCCCUGGCUCCCCAGAAGGAGCCAGAGCAUGAGCUGGAAUUGGAGACCUCACAGGAGGCUGAAGCCAAGCCCUGGCGGCCCAAGAGCUUCCAGGAGAAACAGGACUAUUUCCAGAAGAUGGGGCAGCAGCAGAUCAAGGUGAAGAUGGUGAAGCCUCCAGCCAAAGUGCAGAUCCCCCAGGAGGAGGAGCAAGGGGAGCAUGGGGAGGAACCGAGAGCAGUGCCGUCCCCUCCUCCUCCCCCGGUUGUGAGGAAGCCACCGACACCAGGCGGGGCCAAAGCUGCCCCAAAGGAGGCUGAGGCUGAGCCGUCCUGGGAGGCCGGGCCUGGCGGUGGCGGCAAGCCGUCCCAGGGCAGGGCAGCGGUGCCCAGCUCGAACCCUGCGCCCCAGCGGGCUGAGCCCAGCAGGGAGAUCCGCAACAUCAUCCGCAUGUACCAGAGCCGCCCCGGCCCCGUGCCUGUGCCCGUGCAGCCAUCCAGGAGGCCCCCCAAAACUUUCAUAAAGAUGAACAACCCUAAGGACGAGGCUCUGGCGAAGCUGGGGAUCAAUGGUGCCCUCUCGUCCCCUUCGACACUGCCCCCCAGCCCAGGCAAGGGGCCCCCACCGGCUGUGGCCCGUCGGCCCAAGGCCCCAGCACAGCCCGGGCUCUCCAGCUCCAUCAAGGAGAAGCAGGGGCCCCUUCAAGAGCUGUUUGGCCAGUCCCCACCCACUGCCCAGGCCCCCCCACCUCCACCAGCACCCCCACUGCCUCUGCCCGGGGAUCCAGGGAGCCCUUCAGCUGAGCACCGAGGCUUGAUGGAGCCCAUGGGGGACCAGGGCAUCCCCACCCAGCUGCUCGUGCCCUCUGGCAGUGUGUGCUUCUCCUAUGCCAGUGCACCCUGGAGGUUGUUCCUCCGCAAGGAGGUGUUUUACCCCCGGGAGAACUUCAGCCACCCCUACUGCCUCAGGCUCAUCUGUGAGCAGAUCUUGAGGGACACUUUUGCUGCGUCCUGCAUCCGGGUCUCCCAGAAUGAGCGGCGCAGAAUGAAAGAGCUGCUGGGAGACCUGGAGGUGAGCCUGGACUCACUCAGCACCACGGAGGACAAUGUCAAGAAGCGCAUCGUGGUGGCCGCUCGAGACAACUGGGCCAAUUACUUCUCCCGCAUCUUCCCUGUCUUGGGUGAGAGUGGCAGCGAUGUCCAGCUGCUGGGCGUGUCCCACCGGGGGCUGAGGCUGCUCAAGGUGACCCAAGGUUCUGGCUUGUACCCAGACCAGCUGAAGACUCUCUGCUCCUACAGCUUUGCUGAGGUGCUGGGCGUGGAGUGCCUGGGCAGCUCUGCCCUGGCGCUGUCCCUGAAGAGUGAGCAGCUGGUGCUGCACACGGCCCGGGCCACUGCCAUCAAGGCCAUGGUGGAGCUGUUCCUGGGCGAGCUCAGGAAGGACUCUGGCUACGUCCUUGCCCUGCGAAGCUACAUCACUGAUGACCGCAGCCUCCUCAGCUUCCACCGUGGGGACCUCAUCAAGCUAUUGCCAGUGGCCACUCUGGAGCCAGGCUGGCAGUUUGGCUCCGUCGGGGGCCGCUCCGGACUCUUUCCUGCCGACAUAGUGCAGCCAGCUGCUGCUCCAGACUUCUCCUUCACGCCAGAGCAGAGGAGUGCCCGGCACAGGGCUCAGCAGCAGCACGGAGAGUGGGACAGGGCAUCGGAGCGCCCCAGACGCCCCUGGAGUCAGGCACUCAGUGAUAAGUCAGAGGCCAGCAGCAUGCCCCACUCUGUGGCCUACGUCUCUCUGUCCAUGGACUCCCAGAACUAUACCAUGCAGGAAUUUGCCCUGAGAUACUUCCGGAAGCCCCAGAAGCUGGACCACAAAGGUGGAGGUGCUAAGGGGAAGUCCGUGGCCAGCCUGGUGCAGUACACCAAGGCACCCAUCCAGGAAUCACUCAUCUGCCUCAGUGAUGAGGACAUGAACAGGCAGGCUGUGGAAAGCUUUCAGGCUCUGAUGCAAUUUAUGGGGGACCAGUCUAAGCCCCGGGGCAAGGACGAGAUAGAUCUCCUGUAUAUGCUGCUGAAGCUGUGCCGGGAGGAGAAACUCCGGGAUGAGAUUUACUGCCAGGUCAUCAAGCAGGUCACGGGACACCCCCGGCCGGAACUCUGUGCUCGAGGCUGGACCUUCCUCAGCCUCCUCACUGGCUCCUUCCCACCGUCAACCACGCUGAUGCCCUAUGUGACCAAGUUUCUGCAGGACUCAGGCCCAAGCCAAGAACUGGCCCAGAGCAGCCAGGAGCACCUCCAGUGCACGGUCAAAUACGGGGGACGUCAGCGGCUGCCCUCCCCUGGUGAAAUGCAGGCUCUCCUGAAAGGGAAGCCGGUCCACCUGCUUCAAAUUCACAUGCCUGGGGGUGUGGAUUACAAGACCAAUAUCCGGACUUUCACGGUGGCAGCAGAAGUGCUGGAGGAGCUGUGCCGGCACAUGGGCAUCAUGGACCCCCAGGAAGUACAGGAAUUUGCCCUCUUCCUCAUCAAGAGGGAAGGCGGUCUGGUGCGGCCCCUGUGGCCCCAAGAGUACCUCAACAGCGUGCUGGAUCAGGAUGUGAGCCUGCACAGCCGGAGGCUUGGCUGGGAGACACAGCUGCACUUCGAUAAUCCCACUUACAUCAGCACCCACUACAGCCAGGUGCUGAGGGACUACCUGCAGGGGAAGCUGGUGGUCAGCACCCUAGAGGAAGCCCAACUUGCCAGGCUGGCUGCCCUGCAGCAUCUCAGCAAGGCCCAGGAGGGGCCCCCCUCAGAGCUGUGUCCUAGGCAAGACCUGCUGGAUUACUUGCCAAAGUCGCUGCCCUGGCAGGUGAACCUGGCCACCAUCAAGAACCUGACAGGCCAGGAGCUGAGGCAGCUGCGAGGACACAGCCCCAAGGACGCGCAGAUCGGCUUCAUCAAGACCAUCAGCCAGCUGCCCCUCUUCGGCUACACGGUCUACGUGGUGCUCCGGGUGAGCGAGUUGGCUCUGCCAGGCCCUGUCCUCUUGGGGCUGAACCGCCAGCAGCUGGUCAUCAUGGACCCCAGCUCCCAGAGACUGUACUGCUCCAUCGCCCUGAGGGACCUGCAGCGGCUCCACCUGCUGAGCCCCCGGGAGGCAGAGGGGCCUCCUGGCCUGGAACUCAACUACGGCUCCGCGGAGAACCCUCGAACCAUCUGGUUUGAGCUGCCGCAGGCCCAGGAGCUGAAGAGCACGAUCGCCUUCCUGCUGGAGAGCAGCAGUGCUUCCACUUAGUGGCCGGCCGCGUCCAAGGGGAGGAGCGGAUGGGCGGAGGAGGAAGGGGCCCCUCUCUGGCCCAAGACCACCAGGAAGGUCUCUCUUGGGGCUGUCGUGCCAUUUUGGUUGGGACUUCACUGCCUGGCUGUUCUGGAACCUGAGAUGAUGAUACACGGGGCUGCUGCAGUGACAUCAACUGGAAGAGUGGCAAGACUGGGAGGCGGGCCUGGGCCGGGGAGGGGGCUGCAGGAACUCAGCUGGGCAUUGAUGUUGCUCAGUCUGGAGGAGAUGCCCACCUGGCCCCAGGCCCCAGCUCUACAUCAGCAGGUGCUGAGGGAAUAAAACUCCCGAGAAAAGG